CCUUGACAACGGAGCCCAAAAAAGUGACGUUGCAGGAUAAACAAACGGAGGAGAGGCAGCUCAGACGGAGACAGAGCAGUGCGGCAGCCUGUAUCCUGACAUUUUGUAACAAAAAAUAUAUAUUUAUAAAGCGGAUAAUGCAGUCUUCCAAGAGGAGCGAGAGUGACUGGCAGGGGCUCGUCAGCGAGUUUCUGGUGUGUAAACGUAAGCUGGAGAGUAAGAAAGAGGCCCUACUCAUUCUGUCCAAGGAGCUGGAUACCUGUCAGCAGGAGAGAGACCAGUACAAGCUGAUGGCUAACCAGCUGAGGGAGCGCCACCAGGGACUCAAGAAGAAGUACAGGGAACUCAUUGAUGGCGACCCCUCUUUGCCACCAGAAAAACGCAAUCAAGUAAACCUGGCUCAGCUGUUGAGAGACUCGAGAGAACGAGCGAAGCAGCUGGCCGAGGAGGUGAAGGAGCUGACUCAGAGACUCACGGAGGCCCAGGGGGAUAACAAGCUUCUGAGGAUGACCAUUACUCGACAGAGGCUGGGGGAUGAGGAGGUGGGGGCACGCCAUUUUCCCGCCCAUGAACGCGAGGACCUAGUUCGCCAGCUAGAGAGAGCAGGGCUACAGAUGGAGGAGAUGGAGCACAACAUGAAGGCUCUGACAGACGAGCUGCAGGACGUGAAGGCGGAGCGCAGUGUGUUCAGGGAGAAGGCCUACCGGCUCAACGUGGAACUCAACCACGUCUUGGGCAACCGUGAGGCACGCAUCAUUGAUGUGGAUGCCCUCUGCAUGGAGAACAGGUAUUUGCAUGAGCGUUUCAGCCAACUGCAAGAGGAGGUGAACCUGCUGAAAUCCAACAUCAUGAAGUACAAGACAGCUCUUGAGAGGAGGAAAAACUCCAGCACAUAUGGGAAAUCAAACAACAGUCCCCUCACUGGAGUACUCUCCGCCAAACAAGUCCAGGAGAUGCUUCUGGAGGAGCAGGGCUGCAGCCUGCCAGCCACGCCUCAGUCCAUAUCCGACCUCAAGUCCCUGGCCACGGCUCUGCUUGAGACCAUCCACGAGAAGAACCUGGUCAUCCAGCAUCAGAGGCACACCAACAGGAUCCUUGGGAACAGAGUGGCAGAUUUGGAAAAGAAGCUGAAGACACUGGAGGUUUCAGGACUGUGGAGUCUUCCAGGUAACGGGUUGUGUUUGUUCCUUGAUGGCGGUCUCACAGGGACACGAGACCAUAGCACACCAAAUGAAAACCUUCAACCGGAGCUCCAUCCAACACGUGCCACAUCUCAGCCAAACAUGCAGCCCGGAGUGCAGUCACCCAAAGUUGUGUCAGACGACAGAAGUUCACAUGAAUCAUCGUGGGAAUGCCACACCGCUGGCAGCGACCUUGGCACAGAUGGCGUCAGCAGGGAAGACGCACCUGCACUGCUCAACAGCCUGGAGCCUCUAGUUGGGGUGGGGGUGGAGACGAAUGGGAUCGACGGGAGAGUGGGGGAGAUCGUGACCCUGACGGAAGACGGAGCCGCGAUAGAGCUGGAGGAGGGGCGGAGUCCCGUGGAAGAGGCGGGGCACGAGGUCGAGGGAGUCGAGGAUGAGGAACUGGGUUCCACGGUGGAGGAAGGAGAAGAGGCAGCUCUGGCGCUGGGUGUCACGCCCACUGAAUCAGACCUUCCAUGGCUUCAAGUCAUACAAGCCUCUGUGGGUCAUUCAGAGGUGGGUACUCAGCCCAGCGAAUCCCAGGACGAUGGGUCAAAUCAUGAACCUGAUCAUGUAGAAGCCUCAGUAUCAAUUCCAGAGAACAAGUCCACAGAGGAGUCGAAUACAGGGGAGUGGGACAUUGUGGAUCUGCGCAGUGACACCUGUCAUAGUGACAACUUGGCAUGAUCUGACGUCACCAAAAGACAUACGUAUUGAUAAUUGCAAUCAUCAAUCCUAGUUGCAUUCACACAGUGACACCACCGCUCACUUGCCCCCUUUUCCACCUAGCAGCUCUGUUUCAGUCAAUAAAACAGAGAGAAAACACUUUUUCAGCCACCACUGAAGGAGCCAGAGGUGCACUUUGUAUCGAGACAGGCUUGUUGCUGCGCAGGAACAGGCAAUCUCGAAAUCAAUGGAGUCGCAAACUUCAUGCCCUACAGGGAGAAUUUAGCUAGGAAAAUAACAAAUAUGGCAGCCUCAACUCCUGCGCCCCAUAUUCCCCUCUUCCUUUCCCCCUGCGAUAAGAUAAUCCCAAUUGUUUGCUUUCUUCUUCUUCCUUAAGGGAUGCCAAUAAACUUAGUGCUGCAUUUUGUUAUGACUCUCACAGGGAGUCCAAAUUGGCCUAACAUGUAAUGAAUGUGCUGUACGUAUGUGUAAAUGAAUAAUAUUCAUAUCUGAGAUUCUACUGAUGUCUCUUCAUCUCAAUGGAUGAAUCUUGCUCAUCAGCAAGUUUAAAUUUGUCCUUAUUUAUUUUUAUUUAGAAGUUGAUAUUUGAAUGCGACAACAUGUGCCUUAUAUGUAGAAAUGUAUACUGAUAUUUAUUAAUAUAAAAGCAUAAACCAGCA